AUGGGCGGUAACAAUAAGAUCAACAACAAAGAGACCGAAAUGGGUGAUUCGGAAGCUAUAAGCAACAAGAACAACGUUGGUACCGAGAAAGAUGUCAGUAGUGGCAAUGGGGUACAGGAAGGGGAGGAUUUGUACCCUUUGGCGCUGUUGAUGGACGGAUUGAAACAUGACGACAUAGGUAAUCGCGUCGAGGCUAUGAAAAAACUAGAUACAAUCGCCGUAGCUUUGGGGCCUCAAAGAGCGCGCGAUGAGUUGAUUCCAUUUUUGAGUGAAGUGGCUCAAGAUGACGAGGACGAGGUCUUCACCGUUUUGGCCGAACAGCUGGGAAAAUUUGUACCUUUUAUCGGUGGGGCGAAAUUUGCAACACUACUUUUACCCGCGCUAGAAAUUCUAGCCUCCACCGAAGAAACAUUGGUUCGUGAUAAAGCGGUGGAGUCGCUCAAUAACGUGGCGCAAGAGCUUUCAGAAGACCAAUUGUUUCACGACUUCAUUCCGUUAAUCGAGCACCUGGCUACCGCUGACUGGUUUUCAUCCAAAGUUUCGUCUUGUGGUUUGUUCAGAGCAGUUUUGGUCAGAGUCAAAGACGACAAGUUCAGAAAAGAGCUACUGGCUUUGUACCUGCAACUGGUCCAAGACGAUACACCAAUGGUUAGACGAGCAGCCGGUAAAAAUUUGCCUGUAUUGAUAGAUCUUCUCACUCAAAACCCAGACUUGUCUACAUCCGACGAUUGGGACUAUAUUUCCAGCAUGUUUCAAAAAAUAAUGACGGACGGUCAAGAUUCGGUGAAAUUCCUGGCAGUUGACGUUUUGAUUUCUAUCUUGAAAUUUUUCAGUAAGAAACAUGACACCACACAUUCAAAGGAUCUGUUGAGAUCAGCAAUUCAGCUCAUCGGAGAUGAAUCGUGGCGAGUGCGUUACAUGGCCGCGGAGCGCUUUGAAGAACUAGCCCAUCAGUUCAUCGCCACACCCCAAUACGUCGAUGAACUUUCAGGGCCCUUUUUGGCUUUAUGUGAAGAUAACGAAAGUGACGUCAGGAAAGGAGUUGCCAAACAGCUACCAGGAUUUGCCAAGCUUCUUGGUGAUCCACAGGUUGUUUUGAAAAAGGUGUUGCCGGUUGUACAAAAUUUGAGCAUGGACGAGAGCGAAAUGGUGAGGGCCUCUCUUGCAUCAGAGAUCACCAAUUUGGCGCCACUAGUCCCUAAGCAGGACGCCAUCGAUACCCUAAUUCCCAUUCUACUCAACAUGUUGAGAGACGAAUACCCUGAUGUGCGUUUGAACAUCAUCGCGAAAUUGAAGGUAGUCAAUGAAGUCGUCGGUAUAGACUUACUCUCCGAGAAUUUAUUACCUGCAAUUACAGAACUUGCAAAGGAUGCCAAUUGGAGAGUGAGAAUGGCUAUCAUCGACUACGUUCCGCUACUUGCGGAACAACUGGGGGUUGAGUUUUUCGAUAAGCAGCUGGGAGAUCUUUGUCUUUCGUGGCUAUGGGACACAGUUUAUUCGAUAAGAAAAGCUGCUGUAACGAAUCUCAAAAACUUGACAGAAAUUUUCGGUUCGGAUUGGGCUAGCAACAAGAUCAUAUCUCGUCUCUUGACGUCUGACUCUCAACUGCUGGAAAACUUUGUUUACAGAAUCACUUUACUGCAUGCCUUAACGGAAUUGGUUCCCGUUGUCUCCAAUGACGUCAUUACUCAAAAGGUUCUUCCUUUCAUAAAUCAUUUGACUGAAGAUGCUGUUCCAAACAUAAGAUUCAAUGUCGCCAAAUCUUAUGUCUCGGUGGUUGAGAGUCUCUGUGCUGAUAAAGGUAAGAAUAAAGAUUUGAUUCAAAAUACGAUUGUCACUUCUCUGGAGAAACUGACACAAGAUGACGAUGUCGAUGUCAGGUUUUUCGCAACUGAGAGUCUGGCCAAAUCUAAAGCACUUCUAGCAUGA